CUCAUCACCUCACCUCCUGUCCCUCGUUACCACACACCACUACCUCCUGCCAUCCUCUCACGAUGUCAGGCUUCGACACGGGUCGCCUCUACUCGGCGCAAGUCCUCGCCGGCUCAGCCUCUUCACGAGCCCCAGAUGCACCGGCGCAGACGGAGGCCAAUCUCUUCGAUUUUGUCCAGCGAUUCAGACAUGGCAACGACUACAUCUAUAGGGACAGGCUGAGGGCCAAUCUGCUGGCCAAGCAGAACGUACUCGAUGUGGCGGUCGAGCAUAUCGCACUCUGGAAUCAGCAGCUUGCGCAGCAGUUGAACGAUAGGCCCGGAGAUGUGUUGCCCUUGUUCGAGGCCGCAGUCAAACGAGCUGCCCGCAACAUCCUUCACCCCAUCUCGACUGAUGGCCAACGUCCUGAAGGGCCUGACUGCCAAGUCACGCUACGCUCCUCCGCCAACCUCUUCUCGAUGCGCGACUUGCACGCCGACAAUGUAGCGCAGCUAGUCCGCAUUCCGGGCAUCGUCGUCAGCGCUUCGACGCUCUCAUCUCGCGCCACCCAUCUCAGCGUCAUGUGCCGUGACUGCCGCUCCACCAAGUCGCUCCCCAUCGUCGCCGGCUUUGGCGGCUUCACCCUCCCGCGCUACUGCGACGCCGAAAAGGUCAAUGGUCAGCAAUGCAGCACGGACCCGUUCGUCAUCCUGCACGAGAAGUGCCGCUUCGUCGACUCGCAGACCGUUAAGCUGCAAGAAGCGCCCGAUAUGGUGCCCGUAGGAGAGCUGCCCCGCCACAUGCUGUUGAGCAUCGACCGAACCCUCACUGGCCGUGUCGUACCCGGGUCGCGCAUCAUUGCUACCGGUGUGUACUCGACCUUUAGCAGUACAAAGGGCAAGGCAGGGAGUGGACGAGGAAACGCAGUUGCUCUUCGCCAGCCCUACCUCAAGGUCGUCGGCCUCGAGAUCGACGCCGAAGGAGCCGGCGGACGUGGGAUGGCUCGCAUGUUCUCUGCCCGCGACGAAGAGGAGUUCGCUCGUCUUGCGCGCACGCCGGACCUCUACGAGAAGUUGGCAACAAGCAUCGCCCCUUCCAUUUACGGGAACCUCGAUAUCAAGAAGGCGGUCGCCUGUCUCCUCUUCGGUGGCAGCAAGAAGGUCUUGCCUGAUGGGAUGAGGCUACGUGGCGAUAUCAACGUGCUGCUGCUCGGUGACCCAGGUACGGCCAAGUCGCAGCUGCUCAAAUUCGUCGAAAAGGCUAGCCCCAUCGCCGUCUACACGUCAGGGAAGGGAUCCUCGGCAGCCGGUCUCACCGCCUCCGUUCAACGUGAUGCCCAGUCGCGCGAGUUUUACCUCGAGGGAGGCGCGAUGGUGCUUGCGGACGGUGGAGUGGUGUGCAUCGAUGAAUUUGACAAGAUGAGGGAUGAAGAUCGUGUGGCGAUCCACGAGGCAAUGGAGCAGCAGACCAUCUCCAUUGCCAAGGCCGGGAUCACGACCAUUCUUAACUCCAGGACGUCGGUACUCGCUGCAGCCAACCCGGUCUUUGGACGAUACGACGAAAUGAAGUCACCAGGCGAGAAUAUCGAUUUCCAGACAACCAUCUUAUCCCGCUUUGACAUGAUCUUCAUCGUCAAAGAUGAACACGACGAAGCCCGUGACCGCGCCAUUGCCAAGCACGUCAUGAACAUCCACAUGAAUCGCCAAGACGACCAGUCCCAGCAGCAAGCCGCUGUAGGGGAAAUCGACAUCGACCUCAUGAAGCGCUACGUCGCCUACGCAAAAUCACGCUGCGCUCCACGCCUCUCGCCCGAGGCCAGCGAGAAGCUCAGCAGCCACUUCGUUGCGUUGCGCAAGCAGGUCGCACAGGUCGAGAGGGACAAUGACGAGAGGAGCAGUAUCCCUAUCACAGUCAGGCAGUUGGAGGCUAUCAUUCGCAUGAGCGAGUCGGUGGCCAAGAUGACGCUCAGCCCUACAGUGAGGGAAGAGCACGUCGACGAAGCGAUGAGACUCUUCCGCUACUCGACGAUGGAUGCCGUCCAAGCUGGCUCGGUUGAGGGGAUGACUCGUGGGGAAUUGCAGGAGGAGGUGCAGAAGCUCGAGCGCGAGAUUCGACGCAGAGUGCCCAUCGGAUGGACCGUCUCGCAGGGACGGCUCAGGCAGGAGUUUGUGGAGGCACAAGGCUUCACGCAACAUGCAUUGGAGCGAACGCUCUUCAUCUUGGAGAAGAGGGAGGUCAUCAAGUUUGGGAACCAGCGGAAGCUGGUAACGAGAACGGGCGUCUAACCGCCUGUACGCCGACCAACAAUCCUUCUCUCCAUCCGUUACCCGCACCAUUCUUUGCUCUUGCCCUCCCUCGCUCCCUCUCACCUUGUACUAUACGCUCUCGUUGUUGCUUGCUAUUCGUCAUGAUCAUUCCCAUUGCUCGCCAUCCAAUUGUCC